AUGGCCGUCAACAUUCCCGGCAUCAUCUCCAUGGGUUUCUUCUAUGUGCUGGUUCUGGCCAUCGGAAUCUGGGCGUCCUUGAAGUCCAGGAGGAAGAAGACCGGCACACUGGAGAUGUCGUUGCUAGGCGAUCGCCGCAUCGGCCUGCUGGUGGGCGUCUUCACCAUGACCGCCACAUGGGUCGGAGGCGGCUUCAUCGUGGGCACGGCGGAGAUGGUCUACACCCCAUCCAUGGGCAUGGCUUGGGCCACCGCUGUCACGCUGGGAUACAGCACCUCCUUUAUUCUUGGCGGGCUGGUGUUUGCCGAGCCACUCCGCACCAGCCGCUGCGUCACCAUGCUGGAUCCUUUCCAGCGCAAGUAUGGCAAGGGCUUGACGGCCAUCUUCAGCGUGGUGUCGCUAUUCCUCGACGUCUUUUGGGUGCCUUCCACCCUCACCGGCCUGGGCGCGACGAUGAGCGUGGUUCUGGAUCUUUCGUUCGCCGUGUGCGUUUGGAUCUCGGCGGCGGUGGCCAUCACGUACACCCUUCUGGGCGGCCUCUACUCGGUGGCCUACACCGACGUGGUGCAGCUGCUGCUCAUCUUCUUCAGCCUGUGGGCGUGCAUCCCGUUCGCAGUGUCCAGUCCGCACGUGGCGCCAAUUGCUUCCACAUUGUGGAAUAACACUCUGCACGCGCCAUGGAUAGGCGACUGGAAUGCAGACAACAUUUGGAUUCUGCUGGAUAAUUUCUUCUUCUUGGCAGUGGGCAGUCUGGGCUACCAGUCGUUUCACCAGAGGACGCUGUCGGCAGCGUCACCAUCCAUUGCCAGGCGCGUCUGCUUCAUCUCGGCCGCCCUCUUCGCCGUCUUUGGCAUUCCUCCCAUCCUGCUGGGGGCAGUAGGGGCGUCUGCGGAUUGGAACCAGACAUCGUAUGGCUCGCCGUCCCCCUAUGAGCGUGGCGAGACGGCACUGGUCCUCCCGCUAGUUCUGCAGACCCUGACGCCCCCGUACGUCUCCAUCAUGGGCAUCGGCUGCGUCGCCGCUGCCGUCAUGUCGUCGGCUGACUCGGCGCUCCUGUCGGCAGCGUCCGUCUUCACCGCCAAUGUGUACAAUGGCGUCCUCAGGCCGCAGGCGUCCCAGCGCGAGCUUCAGCUGGCGAUCCGCGCGACGGUGGUGGUGGUGGGCGUGGUCGGCACGGCCCUGACCCGUCUGAAAACCAGCGUCAUCCUCUUCUGGUUCCUGGGUGCCGAGAUUUCCUACAACGUGAUUUUCCCCCAACUGCUCUGUGUGGUAUUUUUCACUGGCACCAACGCGUAUGGUGCCACGCUGGGCGGAGCCGCCGGCUUGGCGGUUCGCGUACUGUGCGGCGAGCCUUUGGUGGGCCUGCCGCCCGCGCUGCAUUUCCCGGGAGGCCUUUGGGAGGACGGCGUGUACAUGCAGCGCUUCCCAGUCAAAACCUUCGCCAUGCUGUGCUCUCUGGUGGCCAUUUUGUUCUUCUCCUUCCUGGCGUCUCAGCUUUUCCGGAGGGGACUUCUUCCCGCCGGCUGGGACGUUUUUCAUGUGUGCGACCGGGCGGCUGCACGUGAGGAUACGAAAAUUCAAGAGACCGCCUUGGACCCAAUGAUCACUCCAGGCUCCUGA